GAACUGUAGCCUGUUGCUCAUGAUCAUCAAAUGUACCGCCAGAAACCCGGAGCCUGGUCAUGGAUCAGUUGAAAUGCUGAGCAACAGCUCGUGGAUGUCAGUUUCUGCUUCACUUUACAGCUCUGGACAUCAUGAGUGCUCUUAACUGCAGAUGAACUGAGCGCAACUACAGUUGCCCACAGAGAGGGAGUGGACGACGACAGGCAUGUGACAGCCGCUGAGGUGAAAGAUGACUUUACUGACAGGGGAUGGUUCUGAUUACGACUACAGCGCCCUGAGUUGCACCUCCGACACUUCUUUGAAUCCUCCGCCCAUCCAGGAGCAAGAGGCCCUAAAAGGCGUUUUUUACAAACGGGCCCAGCGCCUCCCUCCCACCGACCCUGAUGCUGACCGCCCCCUCGACGACGUCGACCUCCCGUCUUGCGCCCAACGGCUGCACGUCAUCAUCAAUGUGGGCGGCCUCCGGUACCAGUUUCCCUGGACGACCCUCGAGGAUUUCCCCCUGUCCCGGCUGUGUCAGCUGCGUCUGUGCAACAGCUUCGACGAGAUCAUGCGGGUGUGCGACGACUACGACGUGGUCCGCAACGAGUUCUUCUUUGACCGCAGUCCCUGCGCCUUCCGGACAAUCCUCACCUACCUGCGCGCCGGAAAGCUGCGCUCUCUUCGUGAGAUGUGCGCCCUGUCCUUUCAGGAAGAGCUGCUCUACUGGGGCGUUCCGGAAGAAAGCUUGGAAUGGUGUUGCCGUAGGCGCCUUCUGCAGCGCCUGGAGGAGUGCGAGGAGCUGGAGCGCAUGGCGGAAGAGGACGAGGAAGACGAAGAUGAUAGUGAAACCGGUUCGGUCGGGGAGUCUCGGCUCGGACGCUGUAUGGGAAAACUUCGAGAUAUGGUGGAGAAACCUCAAUCAGGCCUGCCGGGGAAGAUCUUCGCCUGCCUGUCGGUCCUGUUUGUCACCAUCACAGCUGUCAACCUGUCCAUAAGCACCAUGCCUGCCAUGAGGGAGGAGGAGGAGACGGGCAAGUGCUCUCAGAUGUGCUACAACAUCUUUAUCGUGGAGACGGUGUGCGUGGCCUGGUUCUCUCUGGAAUUCACGUUGCGCUUCAUCCAGGACCGCAGCAAGUUGGCCUUCCUGCGACGACCCCUCAACCUCAUCGACAUUAUAGCCAUCCUGCCCUACUACAUCACGCUGGUAGUGGACAGCACCUCCACGGGGGAGAAACGACUGGGCUCGGGCAGCAGUUACCUGGACAAAGUUGGUCUGGUGUUGCGCGUGCUGCGCGCCUUGCGCAUCCUGUACGUCAUGCGCCUCGCGCGGCACUCGCUCGGCCUCCAGACGCUCGGCUUGACCGCGCGCAGGUGCACGCGCGAGUUCGGCCUGCUCCUUCUCUUCCUCUGCGUUGCCAUAGCGCUUUUUUCCCCGCUCCUCUACCUGAUCGAGAACGAAGCUGCGGCAACGCGGGAGUUCAGUAGCAUACCCGCCACCUACUGGUGGGCCGUGAUCACCAUGACGACGGUGGGUUACGGCGAUAUGGUGCCGCGCAGCAUCCCCGGGCAGGUGGUCGCGCUCAGCAGCAUCCUGAGCGGAAUCCUGCUCAUGGCUUUCCCAGUCACGUCCAUCUUCCACACGUUCUCUCGCUCCUACGUGGAGCUCAAGCAGGAGCAGCAGAGGCUGCUGCAGAGGAGGACUCACUUUCUCCUGCGCAGCCGCAUUGCGGGUCUAGGCAGCGACAUUUCGCUGGAGAGUGGCGUGCUCUUUCCAAGCGUCUCCUCUGACCACAGAUCCCGAGAGGAAUAGAUGAACGGCGUCG